CGUCACGUCACAGUUUCUGUUCCUCCUCCAUGUCGUCGACAAUCCUCAGGCAGGCCUCGGGCGCGGCUCGCGCAGUCUCGCGUAAAUGCGCUUUCUCCACUUCCGCCGUCGCCAGGCGUGAUUUCGUCCAGGAGCUUUACCUGAAGGAGCUCAAAUCCUACAAAGCUCCUCCCGUGGCUAAGGACGCCCACGUCGGUGUUGUUAAGGCCUACAGUUUGCCUCCUACGCCCAAGGCACCCACUGUCCCGGCCGAUCUUGCAUCUGAGCUCGCCGCGUACGAUGCGUCAGAGCCUGUUGUUGCUGCUGCAGAGCCCAAGGUUGCCGCUGUUUCCGAGCAAGGUGUUACCGGUGCAGAGGCUUUCCUGGAGACUCUCGAGGCGGAUGUGCCCCAGGCAGAGGGUCACCACUAAACGAGAUUUGUAUCAAUCGUCGAGUCAAAAUGAUAUCUAUUAGACGUUCUGCUAUAGAUUCCGCUUGUCAUAAGCCUG